AGAGCCAGCAGUUGGGGGGAAAUAGAGAAUGAGGAAGCAGAAUCAGAAGGCAUACCUGAGCAGACUCCGGUCGUCCCGCGGCCAAACCACCCUGCAAUCUUUCCUCUUCAAGCCCAGAGUUGCGGAUGGGGAACUGAAUCCGCCGCCGCCGCCGCCACCGCCGGAGGAUGAGGACGAGACCCCGAACUCCCCGCCGGCACCACCGAAGCGGGAGAUCGUCAGGGUCACCAACAAGACCAUCAAGGAGAAGGCGAGCGCGUUCUCCUCGGUGGGCUCCUCGGCGAAGAACGGGGGCGGCCGCGAGGCCGGCGACGCGAGCGCCCUGAACGCGGCGGUGUUCAGGCGGUUCAACGGCUCGACACCCCCAGCGGCGAGACCGGAAUGCUCCGCGGACGACGACGGCGGAAGCGGCAGCGGCGUCCGGCUCGACGUCGAGGACAUCGCGGCAGGCAGCCGCCGCCUGAAUUCAAGGAAGCGGAAGAGCCCCCUCGGUGCGUGCGCCUUCCUCGCUCACUUGAUGCUGCUACACGUGGUGGUGCUCGGCGACGACCCGAAGCCGAGGCCGCCGCCGUCGACGAGGAGGGGGAGGCCCGCCGGCCGUGGCCGGGGCGACAACGGCCUAUACAACCACUACGCGAGCGGCGGCGGGCUGUGGCAGGGCGAGCAGGAGGGCGUCGACGGCGAGGAGGUGGGCUGGACCGAAGACAUGUGGGAAGGCAUGGGAUCCAUCAGCCUCGGAGGCAUGGAGUGGCACUAGCAUCUGGAGCCAUGACGAGCUUGGCCUCCUCUGUUUAUUUCAGAUUACAUACAUGCUGUUCUAGACUCUACUCCCAUGUGUAAGAUAACUGUACCAAACCAGGCGCCAGACUAGUUUGCUAAAAUUCUGAACCGGUGUGAAUGUUCGGAUUAACCUGCGUAUUCAAAGUUAGUUUUGAAAUGUAAAGCCCUCAAUCUGCACUUUCCUGCUUUA